AUGGGUAAACACUACUAUGCCACUGGUAGAGGAGGGGCCGGUAACAUACAGUCAGCAGACAAAAUCCCACAUCCAAAUGAAGUACCUCAAGGUUCUCAAACACCAAAUUUAUUACAACCAGUUUUCUCAACAGGUAGAGGUGGUGCUGGGAAUAUGAUCAAGAAUAAAGAUCCUGAACUAACGAGGAAAUUACAAGAUGUUGAUCAAGAUCCAGAAGAUUAUAUAAGUCCAGUUAUAAGUGGUCAACAAAAUCCAAAUGCAAAUAUGAGUUUUGGUAGAGGUGGUUUUGGUAAUAUGAUUAGUCCAAAGAAUAGUGCUAAUGCAAAUCAACAAAUACAAAGAGAAAAAGUUGGAACUUCUAAAAGUAAUGAAAAAGCUAAUACUAGUUCUAAAAAUGAAGGUGGUUUUUUCAAAAAGGCUAAAAGUUUAUUUAAGAAAUGA